CCUCCCCGCGACCGCUGCCCUCCAUCGCGAGUCUUCCGCUGCGUCCACCCCUCAAAUCCACCAAACUAUCCCAGAACAGAGAAGGGAAGUAGAAGAAGAGGCGUUCUCUUUUCGGCAGGGCUAUCUCUUCCCGAUGUUCCGGAUCGCCUCUCGCUCGGGCCUGCUUGGUGGCAAGAGAUGCUACAGCGCCGCCGCCGCCAAGGGCGGCCUCUCAAUCAGUGGCGUAAGUGACAUCAUUGCGGUCGCCUCGGGGAAAGGUGGUGUCGGCAAGUCCACCACUGCAGUUAACAUUGCUGUAGCACUUGCAAAGGAGUUCAAGCUUAAAGUCGGUUUGCUAGAUGCUGACAUAUAUGGACCAUCCAUUCCUACAAUGAUGCAUCUGGAUGAAAAGCCUGAAGUAAGUGAAGACAUGAAGAUGAUUCCAGUUGAGAACCAUGGAGUGCGAUGUAUGUCCAUCGGGUUUCUUGUAGAAAAAGAUGCGCCAAUCGUUUGGAGAGGUCCUAUGGUAAUGAGUGCUCUUGAGAAGAUGACAAGGGGAGUAGCCUGGGGUAAUCUGGAUAUUCUUGUUGUUGAUAUGCCCCCAGGCACUGGUGACGCUCAACUAUCAAUGUCCCAAAGGCUUCGCUUAUCUGGUGCUUUAAUUGUCUCUACUCCUCAAGAUAUCGCUCUGAUUGAUGCCAGAAGAGGAGCAAACAUGUUUCGUAAAGUUCAAGUUCCUAUUCUAGGAUUAGUAGAGAACAUGAGUUGCUUCAAGUGCCCAAAGUGUGAUGAGAAGUCUUACAUUUUUGGGAAUGGUGGAGCUCAGAGAACUGCGGAGGACAUGGAUAUGAAAUUUCUUGGUGAGAUACCUCUUGAAAUCGACAUCCGAACAGGCUCGGAUGAAGGAAAACCAAUUGUAAUAUCUUCGCCGAACUCUGCAUCAGCACAAGCUUACCUGGGUGUUGCUGACAAGGUAACUCAGAGGCUCAAGGAGUUAGCCGAGGAGCGAUUGAUGGGCCCAGAAAUUUCGCUUUGAGUAUAUGUUGGCCUAUGUGUAUCAUCUCUUUUCGGUUUGUAAUAUCAAACCAUUUUGCUUUAAAAGAACAGCCAUUCUGAUGAGCC